AUGUCGCGGUGUCAGGCUGUCGCGCGGCCACUGGCAAAGCAUCUGCGGCAGUCAUGCGGCAUUCGGUCGUUCACCGCGGGUGCCACCCGAGCCGCUGAGGUUCAGGAGCAAGCUGCGGCCGCGUCCGAGGAGCCCGGCUUCUCGGAUCUCGACCCCGAGACCGUCCUCCCCGAACACGAAGCCCAGCUGAUAAAGGCUGGGAAGAUGCCAAUUGGCUCGAGGAGACGACGAGUAGCCAUGCGCACGACACAGAAUGUCCCGUUCGAGCAGCUACCGUACCAGGCGUUCCAGGAAGCCCGCAAGAUUCUGGCGGCCGAUCGCGUGGACAAGCUGGCCAAGAUCAAGGCGGAGCUGGAAAAGAUUGCAACGCUGGAGGCCAAGGACGCUGCCGAGGUUCACGGUGGGCAGAGGAUGAAGGAUACCAGACUGGCGAGUCUGAGGAGGGAGGUUGAGCGGCUGAAACUCUUGGCGGACGCCAACGAUCCUUUGGUCAAGAAGCGCUUUGAGGACGGCUUGGGUGACAUGAACAAGCCCAUCUACCGCGCCCUCGCCGAGAAGAAAUGGCGCUCGUACGGUCAUCGCCUCAUCACGCAGCGAAUCAAGCAGUUCAACAUUGUGCCCGACCUUCUGCCCAAGCUGGAGCCCACUGCCGAUGUUCAGCUUUACUUUCGCCGAUCCAAGAUUGCCCCUGGCGACGUCGUAGACAGCCAGGUGAGCGAGAAGGCGCCCCGCCUGCGCGUGCAGGUCUUCAACAAGGGCGAGCGCCUCGUCACCGUUGCCGUCGUGGACUCCGACGUGCCGGAUAUCGAAGGCGACACCUUCACCAAGCGGUGCCACUACCUGGCGGCCAACAUCCCCAUCAGCCCUACCGAAACCUCUCUUCCGCUGAGCAGGAUCGUCGCCGAGGACCAGCUGGCUGUCCCCUGGAUGCCCGCCUUUUCCCAGAAAGGCGCGCCCUAUCACCGACUGGGCAUCUACCUGCUUGAGCAGCGCGCCGGCGACAAGGUUGAUGUGGCCAAGCUGAAGGAGCUGUACGCUGCACGCGACGGCUUCUCCCUCAAGUCGAUGCGGGACAAGUUUGGGCUUGUGCCGUUUGGCUUCACCAUGUUCCGAUCUGUCUGGGAUGACAACACGGCUGCCGUCAUGAGCCGCCACGAUAUCCCGGGCGCCGAUGUUGAACUGCGGCCCACGCGUGUGCACAGCUUGAAGCCGCCGGUCAAGCCUCGCGGUUGGGAGGCCAAGCGACAGGGCCCCAAGUACCGCCACCUGUGGAAAUAUACCAAGCGCAUCAAGGGUGUUUCCAAUGCCAAGGGUUGGAUCAAGAGGAGGUGA